ACUCUAAGUCCCAGAAUUCAAUGGCUGGUACGUGCGACGCAUGGUUCGUGGCUGUCCGCGCAAUAGCGAAACCGAGGUGACUUUGUUUUUAAGAUGUUGGUUAGUUAUAAAUCGUGGACAGAUUACCAACAUAAUAAUUACUUUAAUUGAAUUAGAAACCGACACAUGUGUUAGUUUAAGUACGUGGUUCAUAGAUAAUUCCAUUUUUGAAUCAUUAACGUUACAAUUUUUACAAAAGCAUUUACAAAAGCAAAAUGAUGUAUUCGUUAAUACUGAAGACAGCUCAACUAAGACUGCAGCAGGCGAGAUUUAGACAGUGCUGUGUUAUUCAAACAUUUAAACAGGUUCAUACCAGCAACACGUCCUUACAAAGUGCACUAGAACCAAAGAAGCGGAAACCAGAAACUUCGUUCUGUUCGGUUCGGCUGAACAGUGUGCAACACGUACUGAGGAAAAGUAUUUCAAUUGAGAACACACUACGAAAUAAAGGAAAUCACGACAGAAAAGACCAUGCAGCUGGACAGGUGUCUGUGCACAGACGACAAGGUGAUCCUGCACUGUCAACAGCGCAGAAAGUUAAAGAGGCUGGGAAGGAUUUUACCUACUUAAUAGUGGUUCUUGUUGGGAUUGGCGUUACAGGUGGCUUGUUGUAUGUUGUUUUUAAGGAGCUUUUUUCUUCAUCCAGUCCAAGCAAAAUCUAUGGUGAUGCUUUAGAGAAAUGCAGAGCACAUCCAGAGGUUAUAGGAGUCUUUGGAGAGCCUAUUAAAGGUUAUGGUGAGACAACACGUCGUGGCAGAAGGCAGCAUGUCAGUCAUGUAGAGUACAUGAAAGAUGGGCUGAAGCACAUGCGACUGAAGUUUUACAUUGAAGGUUCAGAACCCAGAAUACAAGGAACUGUGCAUUCGGAAGUUAAAGAGAACCCUGAAACUGGAAAAUAUGAAUUUCGCUUUAUAUUUGUGGACAUUGAUACAUAUCCAAGAAGAACAGUUGUCAUUGAAGACAACAGAUAAUAUUAUGAAGAAAUAAGAUGAAUAUUUAUAUUACUCAUAAAAUGUGUACUUCUGUGGCACACAGCAGCACUUUUUUUGUCUGUAAAAGGUGUGCAUACAUAAAAAUAAAUUGAAGUGACAAUGUU